AUGGACAAGGAGGCCAUUUUACCAAGUGGUGGUGGGGCCUCCCUCAAGAGGAGCAAAAAGCAGAUUGAGUCUCUACAGUAUUCUUUGAAGAAAAAUAUAAGAAGGAACGAAGAGCUGACGAACCGAGUGCACUAUUUCUUCCCCACCGACGAUGUGCUAGACCAGACCCUCUUCCAUUUGUGUAAGUUCAUACCGAGCGAUAUGGACAUUCUAGACGCAGAUAAGCAAAUGGGAAGCACGUACAACUUGACGCCCUUUUCACAAUUCGAAGAUUCUGACACAGAUAGCUGGGGUGAUAAAAUCAGAGAGGAGGACGACAUUGAGAUAGACGAACCUCGUGCUGGAAGAAGUAAAUUACCCACUUUGAGCCCCAACUUGGGAAUAAACAAAAGGGCAACACAUUCCUGCGUCGAAUGGAAAGGGUUUGUUAACGAAGCAAACGGUUAUGCAGCAGUUAAAAUAUUUAACCCUUUCUCCUCCCAGGAGUACAGCACUUAUGCGAACAGACUCGUGUACUUCCUAUUUCAGAGAACGAACUGCCUGGGCGUGGAAGACUUUCUAAGGAGUCACAAUUUUGUUCGGAUGAGCAUUCCGCUGUACAUGAAGUGCAAAAAUAAGCUGUGCGUUAGGUUAUCUCACAUAGACGCUUCAAAUGAUUUGUAUGUUUAG